AUGGAUACCAAUGCAUCAACUACAAGGAGACUCAAACAGAUACAGGGCCACUUCUAUUCGCCACAGUCGAUCAAGGUGAUGCCCUUGUCGCAUAAUAAUAGAGCUCUGAAUCUAGUGUCGAUGUGGAGACAGAUGACACCGCUGUCAAUGUCAGGCGCAACAUUCGUUCCACCACUGGCCGCAUACUACAUCUACAAGUUAUUGCGAGGCAAGGGCAUUGCAAGACUGAUUCACGACAAGGACAUUGAUGUGAUCAUCAAGGAGAUCAGUGGCAACAACACACUGGACAACAUUGUUAAACUUGCUAGCAAGGUCAUUGGACUUGCUGGCAUCUAUCAAAUCUCAGGUAGAAUGCAGACCUAUCUCGGUGUCAAGCUAACCUUCAGUCGAUCAUACCAAGUCAUGUUGACCAUAUCAUCAAUCAUCGAGACUAUCCUGGCAUUCAUCAAGAUGCCUCACAUGAGAUGGGGACCAGUCUUUGCCAUUGUCAGCGUUAUAUAUAGCCUUAUCUACGUACGAAUACUCUAUCUUACAUUGGCACAUAAUAAGAAGUUAGAGAGUAUCCUCUCAUCAACGAAUAGAUGCGCAAGAGGAGAUAAUCUGAGGAAUACACAGGGAAUAGCGAUGAAUAUUCCAGCUUUGGGUGCCUGGGGCACCGUUGUGGCAUUGACGCUUUGGGUGUGGCUGAAGGAGGCAAAGCGUCUGGUUCAAAGCACUGGCGGUAUAAUGUCAAUGACAUCGUUCAUCUUGUCGGCAGUGGCAUCGAUGCGUGUUGGUCUGCGAGCGGCCACUACAUCAUUCCCCGGCCUUACACCAUAUGAAGGUAGUUCAGCUGUGGUCAUUGCCAUUAUACUUGGAGCACUGCCACUCAUCCCUUCAUGGAGUGUCUCAGAAUGGUCACGAACACUUCUCAUGGGCUAUCUCUCCAUCGCCAUCUCAAUGUCCAUCAACUCAUACUUUGCCUGGAAGCGUCCACAUGCUAUGCUGUAG